UGUGGAAUUUAUCAGGAAUUUUCGAGAAACUUGUUUAAAUUUUGUUCGCGCAUUGGGGAAAUACGACUCAUAUACUCGUGUUCUAAGCUUAUUAUAAUUUAUCAAUUUUUUUUUUUAUUGAAGAAAUUUAAUAUUAAAGUAAAAGAAAUAAAAAAUGGAAAACUUACAAAAGGAUCUAGAAGAAAUUCAACAACUUCUGACACAAGCAACAAGACAAAGAGUUAAAGAUGCUCUGUUAGCUGAAAAAUACAAAAUUGAUGCGGAAAUAGUUAAGUUGCAAGUUAAAGAAACAAUAAAAAAUAGUCCAACACCAAGUGCUGUAGCUAAUAGGAAAUAUCAUACCGAACUUCAAGAAUAUGGUUGGGAUCAAAGUGAUAAAUUUGUUAAAAUAUUUAUUACUUUACCGGGAGUACAUGAUAUUCCAGAAGAUUGUGUUAAAGCCGAUUUUACCAAAACAUCGCUUAUUGUACGAAUUGAAGAUUUAAAAAAUAAAAAUUACUCAUUAACAAUUAAAGAAUUACAUUCCCCAAUAGAUGUUAUUAAAAGUUAUAAAAAAGUUAAAACUGAUAUGGUUGCAAUUUAUAUGAAAAAAGCUGAAGAAAAUCAAAAAUGGUCACAUUUAACAUUAACUGAAAAACGUUUAAGCCAACUAAAAGAUAUGAAUAAAGAUGAUUCAAAUGAUUUAAAAGAUGAUCCAACUGCUGGUAUAAUGAAUAUAAUGAAAAAAAUGUAUCAAAGUGGAGAUGCUGAAACAAAAAAAUUAAUAGCAAAAACAUGGAUUGAAAGUCAAGAAAAACAAAAAAAUUUAGAAUUAUAAAUUAAGUUAUGUAUCAGUAUAAUCAGUAUAACUAACGUUUCCUUCUUUUGCAAAAGCGAAAAUGAUUAAUAAUCUAUUUAUAAGUAUGUAAAUAUAAGAAAUUUUGAAAUUGAGUUUAAUGAAAAAUAGUUAACUAUAUAAAGUAAAAUAAAAAUUCGAUAAAAUUUA